UCCAGGCUCGACGUCGUCUGCGACGCCACCUCCAUGACCGUCACGCUCGACUUCGACGGUCCCUUCAACGGCGUCGUCUACAGCAAGGGCCACUUCAGCGACUCACGCUGCAGAUACGUGAAAGCUGGGAGCAACAAAUCUUCCUUCAAGUUCAACAUUCCAGUCAAAGGCUGUGGAACGGUUCCUUCAGGAGGAUUCGGCAAGACAGUCGACAAUAUCAUCGUCAUCCAGACGGAAGAUGACGUACAGGAGGCGUGGGACAUCGCGCGCAAGGUGUCGUGCGCCACGGCGAGCCUGCAGGAGAAGACGGUGCUCUUCCGGCCGUUCGUCGUCGACAUGCUCGAGGUGGUCUCCGUGCCGGUGACCACGGGGACCGUCGACUGCUGGAUGGACAUCCGCCGCGGCUACUUCCCCAACACGUCUCCGCUCGGGGAGAUCAUCAAGAUUGGGGAGCCGUUGACGGUGCUGGUGUACAUCAAGGACAGCGAGCGACGCUACGACGUGCGCGUGCGCGACUGCUGGGCGUACGACAGCGAGGACUACGAGGCGGCCGACACGCAGAAGCUGCAGCUCACCGGGCCCGACGGCUGCCCAAAGAAACGAAAGCUGAUCGGCUACUGGCAGACAACAACAGAUGUCGGAAAGACGGAUGCGAGUAUAAUUGCUUACAACAAUAUUUCGGCUUUCAAGUUUCCAGACAGAAUGCAAGUCUACCUAACUUGUAACAUAGAGAUAUGCUCCGGACAAUGCACUGGGAAGUGUCAAGAAACCCAGGUAACAACAGUACAAACAGAGUUACCACCAAAUUGCUACCCUGGUGCCACUGAUCCUCGAUGCCCCAUCCCAACUACCCAGCAAAUUCCAACGACACCAUCACGAUGUUAUCCAGGUUCACUAGACCCUAGAUGCCCUCAAAUACCUACAACCACAACUCAAAGACCUCAAUGCUACCCAGGAUCUACAGAUCCCAAUUGUCCACAAUUCUCUACUACGACUACUACCCCCUACCAAAGAUGUUUCCCAGGAUCUACAGAUCCCAGAUGUCCUAAACAAACAACUACAACUUCAACACAACCUCCUUUGCGCUGCUUUCCGGGAUCUCUAGAUCCCAGGUGCCCAAAAACAACAACAUUUGCACCACAAACCACCACAGCCAAACUUGUUUGCUAUCCAGGCUCUACUGAUCCGAGAUGUCCAAGAACAACUACUCAGCCACCUACAAGACAACCAUCAUGUUACCCAGGAUCACCAGAUCCUCGAUGCCCAGCAACAAUCACCCCACCAGCGCGAUGUUACCCGGGAUCUACAGAUCCCAGAUGUCCAAGGCCUACUACUACAACUUCAACACAAACCCCUCUGCGCUGCUAUCCUGGAUCUCUUGAUCCCAGAUGCCCACAAACAACUACAUUUGCACCACCAACUACCACUCGCAAAUCAGUUUGCUAUCCGGGAUCAACUGAUCCAAGAUGUCUGAGAACAACCACUACUUACCGACCAACUACUACUACAGAAAGGCCACUUGUUUGCUAUCCGGGUUCUACAGAUCCCCGAAGUCCCAAACCUCCAACCACUCCUAGGUGCUAUCCAGGCUCUACAGACCCACGCUGCCCCCCACCACAAACAACACCGACAGUUCCUGUCUGUUAUCCAGGGUCAACAGAUCCACGCUGUCCUCAAACAACCUUGAUACCCAGAACAAGUACUCCAGGUAGCACAUACCUCCCACCUACCACGACUGAGAGGCCGCUGGUCUGCUAUCCAGGCUCUACUGACCCAAGAUGUCCAAGACCAACCACUCAACCGCCUACUAGGCAACCAUCUUGCUACCCAGGAUCACUAGAUCCUCGGUGCCCAACAACAACCACGCCACCAGCACGGUGUUACCCAGGCUCUACAGAUCCGAGAUGCCCUAGACCCACCACUACAACUUCAACACAACCCCCUCCACGCUGCUAUCCUGGAUCUCUUGACCCCAGGUGCCCAAAAACCACUGCAUUUGUACCAUCCACAACAACUGCUAGACCUCCCUGCUAUCCAGGCUCAACCGAUCCAAAGUGCCCCAAACCAACCACCACAUAUCGACCACCUACUACUACAGAACGCCCACUUGUUUGUUAUCCUGGCUCAACAGAUCCUCGCUGUCCACAACCUACCACAAGGCCAACUACCCCAGGUAGCACUUACCUACCACCAAUUACGACAACUGUGCGACAACCGACCUGUUACCCAGGUUCUCUAGAUCCCCGUUGUCCAAGACCAACUACAACCUCAACUCCACCCCCACGAUGCUACCCAGGAUCUACAGAUCCCAGAUGUCCUAAAACAACUACCACCACCCCUGCACCAAGAUGUUUCCCAGGAUCUACAGACCCAAGAUGUCCUAAACCAAUCACUACCACGACCACAACAACUCCAUUACGCUGUUACCCAGGCUCUCUAGAUCCUCGGUGUCCACAGACUACAACAUAUGCACCACCUACCACUACUCCAAGACUUGUUUGUUAUCCUGGUUCAACUGACCCUAGGUGUCCCAGACCUACCACCACAUACCGACCACCUACUACAACAGAGCGCCCACUUGCUUGUUAUCCUGGUUCAACUGAUCCUCGUUGUCCAAAACCUCCCACAACACCAAGGUGCUUCCCAGGUUCAACUGAUCCAAGAUGUCCACCACCGUAUACAACACCAAGCACACCUGCGUGUUAUCCAGGAUCACCAGAUCCACGCUGUCCACAAACGACCACGAGACCUCGAACAAGUACUCCAGGUAGCACAUACCUCCCACCACCUACAACUAUUAAGCCUCCAGUGUGCUACCCAGGCUCAACUGAUCCAAGAUGUCCAAGAACAACUACUCAGCCACCUACAAGACAACCAUCUUGUUACCCUGGAUCACCAGAUCCCAGAUGCCCAGCAACAACCACCCCACCAGCUAGAUGUUACCCAGGAUCUACAGAUCCCAGAUGUCCAAGGCCUACUACUACAACUUCAACACAACCCCCUCCACGCUGCUAUCCUGGAUCUCUUGAUCCCAGGUGCCCACAAACAACUACAUUCGCACCACCUACCACCACUCGCAAACCAGCUUGCUAUCCGGGAUCAAUUGAUCCAAGGUGCCCAAGAACAACCACUACUUACCGACCAACUACUACUACUACUGAAAGGCCACCUGUUUGCUAUCCGGGUUCUACAGAUCCCCGAUGUCCCAAACCUCCAACCACUCCUAGGUGCUAUCCAGGCUCUACAGACCCACGCUGCCCACCACCACAAACAACACCAGCAAAUCCUGUCUGUUAUCCAGGUUCAACAGAUCCACGCUGUCCUCAAACAACCUUGAUACCCAGAACAAGUACUUCAGGUAGCACAUACCUCCCACCACCUACAACAAUUAAUCCUCCAGUCUGCUACCCAGGCUCAACUGACCCAAGAUGUCCAAGACCAACCACUCAACCGCCUACUAGGCAACCAUCUUGCUACCCAGGAUCACUAGAUCCUCGGUGCCCAACAACAACCACACCACCAGCACGGUGUUACCCAGGCUCUACAGAUCCGAGAUGCCCUAGACCCACCACUACAACUUCAACACAACCCCCUCCACGCUGCUAUCCUGGAUCUCUUGACCCCAGGUGCCCAAAAAUCACUACAUUUUUACCAUCCACAACAACUGCUAGACCUCUGUGCUAUCCAGGCUCAACCGAUCCAAGGUGCCACAAACCAACCACCACAUAUCGACCACCUACUACUACAGAACGCCCACUUGUUUGUUAUCCUGGCUCAACAGAUCCUCGCUGUCCACAACCUACCACAAGGCCAACUACUCCAGGUAGCACUUACCUACCACCAAUUACGACAACUGUGCGACAGCCUACCUGUUACCCAGGUUCUCUAGAUCCCCGUUGUCCAAGACCAACUACAACCUCAACUCCACCCCCACGAUGCUACCCAGGAUCUACAGAUCCCAGAUGUCCUAAAACAACUACCACCACCCCUGCACCAAGAUGUUUCCCAGGAUCUACAGACCCAAGAUGUCCUAAACCAAUCACUACCACGACAACAACAACUCCAUUACGCUGUUACCCAGGCACUCUAGAUCCUCGGUGUCCACAGACUACAACAUAUGCACCACCUACCACUACUCCAAGACUUGUUUGUUAUCCUGGUUCAACUGACCCUAGGUGUCCCAGACCUACCACUACAUACCGACCACCCACUACAACAGAGCGACCACUUGUAUGUUAUCCUGGUUCAACUGAUCCUCGUUGUCCAAAACCUCCCACAACACCAAGGUGCUUCCCAGGUUCGACUGAUCCAAGAUGUCCACCACCGUAUACAACACCAAGCACACCUGUGUGUUAUCCAGGAUCGCCAGAUCCACGCUGUCCACAAACGACCACAAGACCUAGAACAAGUACUCCAGGAAGCACAUAUCUCCCACCACCUACAACUAUUAAACCUCCAGUCUGCUACCCAGGCUCAACUGACCCAAGAUGUCCAAGAACAACUACUCAGCCACCUACAAGACAACCAUCUUGUUACCCUGGAUCACCAGAUCCCAGAUGCCCAGCAACAACCACCCCACCAGCUAGAUGUUACCCAGGAUCUACAGAUCCCAGAUGUCCAAGGCCUACUACUACAACUUCAACACAACCCCGUCCACGCUGCUAUCCUGGAUCUCUUGAUCCUAGGUGCCCACAAACAACUACAUUUGCACCACGUACCACCACUCGCAAACCAGUUUGCUAUCCAGGAUCGACUGAUCCAAGGUGCCCAAGGACAACGACUACUUACCGACCUACUACUACUACUGAAAGGCCACUUAUUUGCUAUCCGGGUUCUACAGAUCCCCGAUGUCCCAUACCUCCAACCACUACUAGGUGCUAUCCAGGCUCUACAGACCCACGCUGCCCACCACCACAAACAACACCAGCAACUCCUGUCUGUUAUCCAGGUUCAACAGAUCCACGCUGCCCACAGACAACUUUCAUACCCAGAACAAGUACUCCAGGUAGCACAUACCUCCCACCACCUACAACAAUUAAGCCUCCAGUCUGCUACCCAGGCUCAACUGACCCAAGAUGUCCAAGACCAACCACUCAACCGCCUACUAGGCAACCAUCUUGCUACCCAGGAUCACUAGAUCCUCGGUGCCCAACAACAACCACACCACCAGCACGGUGUUACCCAGGCUCUACAGAUCCGAGAUGCCCUAGACCCACCACUACAACUUCAACACAACCCCCUCCACGCUGCUAUCCUGGAUCUCUUGACCCCAGGUGCCCAAAAACCACUACAUUUUUACCAUCCACAACAACUGCUAGACCUCUGUGCUAUCCAGGCUCAACCGAUCCAAGGUGCCCCAAACCAACCACCACAUAUCGACCACCUACUACUACAGAACGCCCACUUGUUUGUUACCCUGGCUCAACAGAUCCUCGCUGUCCACAACCUACCACAAGGCCAACUACCCCAGGUAGCACUUACCUACCACCAAUUACGACAACUGUGCGACAACCGACCUGUUACCCAGGUUCUCUAGAUCCCCGUUGUCCAAGACCAACUACAACCUCAACUCCACCCCCACGAUGCUACCCAGGAUCUACAGAUCCCAGAUGUCCUAAAACAACUACCACCACCCCUGCACCAAGAUGUUUCCCAGGAUCUACAGACCCAAGAUGUCCUAAACCAAUCACUACCACGACCACAACAACUCCAUUACGCUGUUACCCAGGCUCUCUAGAUCCUCGGUGUCCACAGACUACAACAUAUGCACCACCUACCACUACUCCAAGACUUGUUUGUUAUCCUGGUUCAACUGACCCUAGGUGUCCCAGACCUACCACUACAUACCGACCACCUACUACAACAGAGCGCCCACUUGUUUGUUAUCCUGGUUCAACUGAUCCUCGUUGUCCAAAACCUCCCACAACACCAAGGUGCUUCCCAGGUUCAACUGAUCCAAGAUGUCCACCACCGUAUACAACACCAAGCACACCAGUGUGUUAUCCAGGAUCGCCAGAUCCACGCUGUCCACAAACGACCACGAGACCUAGAACAAGUACUCCAGGUAGCACUUACCUUCCACCACCUACAACUAUUAAGCCUCCAGUCUGCUACCCAGGCUCAACUGAUCCAAGAUGUCCAAGAACAACUACUCAGCCACCUACAAGACAACCAUCUUGUUACCCUGGAUCACCAGAUCCCAGAUGCCCAGCAACAACCACCCCACCAGCUAGAUGUUACCCAGGAUCUACAGAUCCCAGAUGUCCAAGGCCUACUACUACAACUUCAACACAACCCCGUCCACGCUGCUAUCCUGGAUCUCUUGAUCCCAGGUGCCCACAAACAACUACAUUUGCACCUCCAACCACCACUCGCAAACCAGUUUGCUAUCCAGGGUCGACUGAUCCGAGGUGUCCAAGAACAACCACUACUUACCGACCAACUACUACUACUGAAAAGCCACUUGUUUGUUAUCCUGGUUCUACAGAUCCCCGUUGUCCAAAACCUCCUACAACACCAAGAUGUUUUCCUGGCUCAACAGAUCCCCGCUGUCCACAACCUACCACAAGGCCAACUACUCCAGGUAGCACGUACCUACCACCAGUUACCACAACUGUACGACAACCCAUCUGUUAUCCAGGUUCUCUAGAUCCCCGUUGUCCAAAACCAACUACAACCUCAACUCCACCCCCACGAUGCUACCCAGGAUCUACAGAUCCCAGAUGUCCUAAAACAACUACCACCACCCCUGCACCAAGAUGUUUCCCAGGAUCUACAGAUCCGAGAUGUCCUAAACCAAUCACUACCACAACGACAACAACUCCAUUACGCUGUUACCCUGGAUCUUUAGAUCCUCGGUGUCCACAGACUACAACAUAUGCACCACCUACCACUACUCCAAGACUUGUUUGUUAUCCUGGUUCAACUGACCCUAGGUGUCCCAGACCUACCACCACAUACCGACCACCUACUACAACAGAGCAACCACUUGUUUGUUAUCCUGGUUCAACUGAUCCUCGAUGUCCAAAACCUCCCACAACACCAAGGUGCUUCCCAGGUUCGACUGAUCCAAGGUGUCCACCACCGUAUACAACACCAAGCACGCCUGUGUGUUACCCAGGAUCGCCAGAUCCACGUUGUCCACAAACGACCACGAGACCUAGAACAAGUACUCCAGGAAGCACUUACCUCCCACCACCUACAACUAUUAAACCUCCAGUCUGCUACCCUGGCUCAACUGAUCCAAGAUGUCCAAGAACAACUACUCAGCCACCUACGAGACAGCCAUCAUGUUACCCAGGUUCACUGGACCCUCGAUGCCCUAGGCCAACAACAACCACAACAAGAACCACUAGUCUUCAGUGCUACCCUGGCUCCUCUGAUCCUAGGUGUCCACAAACUUCUACUCCUUAUCCCAUCCCCACAACAACUGUUAGACUUGUAUGUUAUCCUGGAUCCUCCGACCCAAGAUGUCCUAGGCCUUCAACUACUACAUUUUCGCCACCUCAAUGCUAUCCUGGCUCUCCAGAUCCACGAUGCCCACAAACCACUACCGAACGUGCUCCAAUAUGUUAUCCAGGUUCACCUGAUCCGCGGUGUCCUAAAAUACCGUCAAUACCUACAACUAUAGCACCACCUACAUUUACAACACCAUUCUACUGUCCAUGUCUUACAGAACAUCCUCCAGAAUGUUUUCCAGGUAGUCUUGAUCCAAGGUGUCCAACGACAACUAAGAAACCUAUUUUACCUCCAAUAUGUUUUCCAGGUUCAAAUGAUCCUAGAUGCCAAACUUCACCUCCGUACACAACCUCAUCACCACUAUGCUUCCCUGGGUCCCCAGAUCCAAGAUGCUCAACAGUACCUCGGACAUCAACUCCUGGUCCAAGUUAUUUACCACCUGUUGUCUCAACCACAGUUGGAGUAAAGCCAGAGGUACCAUCUGGCUGCUAUCCAGGGUCCCCAGACAAGAACUGUGCAGCUGACAGCACAAUAAAUAUUGAAACAGAUGUGAAACCCCCUAAAUGUUUCCCUGGAACAGAUGAUGCAGACUGUUUUGAUGGAGAAGAUGGUUCUGCUAUAUUUCCUAUAAUAAGGACAACAACAAGGAAAUCUGUACCAGUAGUUUCCAAGGAUGACUUUCAUGGAAAGGAUCAAGAUCCUAGAUACCAUGCAUUCCAUUCAUGGCUGUUUGAACCUCAAAAAAUUGGUCGCAGGCGUAAAAUUUUUCAUCGCAGCAUUGAUGAAGAAAACAUUUCUCAAACACAUCACGUGACCAAACGGGAAGUUGAGCAGCAAGUUGUUGCCAUAACAAUCGGAGUACGUGGGCUUAUGGUUGGCACUGAAAAUGAUCUUCGGUCACACUCACUAGUUAAACGAGAUCUUCAAUAUGAUGUCCACCCUCAACAAGUUCAAGGAGAGCUCACAAAUACAUCAGUUACAAUUGUAGCUACAGUUGCAGUAAUAAUUAGUGCAGUUGCAGCUGUUUCAUACAUUUUUUUAAGAAUUCAUAAAAAUCGCAACAAACAGCGAUCAGAAAGGGUUAUAACAACUAUGCCGGAACUGAAAUAGCGAAUUCAAAUCAACAAAUCUGUCUUUUCUAAGAGUUUCUACAAAGAAACACUCAAAAGUGCAUCUUUUACUUUAACAAUUUGUGGUAUAAGUUAUGUGUAAUAUUUAUUCUCCAUUAUAUGGAGCUUGUAGCCUGACUUACACCACAAAUCCAGUACCUACAUGUCUUCAAGAGAAAACUGGUUUUGUGCAAACACACAAUAAAUUUUUAUAUAAAUUGUUCCUAAAUUAAAGCACAGGCAGUGUGUAUUUUAUACAUUAUAGAAAAACAAAAAUAAUAUUUUUAUGUGUGGACACAUUCAUAUGAGAUAAAAGGUGAUUAUUGCAGAAGUUUGAUUGUGAAAAUUUCAUCAAAUUGCUUCACUCUCAGGGAGUUUUCAUAGAACAAUAAUAAUUUGUGCUCUUAGAUAAUAGCAGAUAAUAUCUUCCAUUACAUAUUGAGUUACUGAUACACUCAAUAUUCAAAUUAUGAUAAAAGUAAUGCUUUUUAUCCUACUUUUGCUCUACUAAAUUGAAGUUUUUUAAUCUGGCUGAGACAGUUCUUCAGCAUUAAAUAUGAAAGCUUUAAAAAGAAAUGAAAGCAAAAAGCACAAAUUAAUGUCUCUAAAAUUUAUAGCAAGACUGUUUUGUCCUGAGCACAAAUUAAUAUGGCAAACAAAAACUUCUCUAAACAACAGACAUAAGACUGAACCUCUAUGACAGAUUAAAUCUGUGCACCCAGGUACAUUGGCUUCUGCUAAAUGUUCACUGGCUACUGCUAACCCAGUGCCUCAGUUCCCUUCCUGAAAACUCUGAGCACAUAUGCAUAAAAUCAAGUUAUAAUCUCAAUUUGCUGAGGUGCUUCAGUCUCUCGUGAAAGUUCACUCAAGUGCACACUUUGUGACAUAAUUGAAUAUUCAUUCAGAAACUCUGACAUAAACAUUUGUUUCUCCAAAAUAUUGUAUACCUUAAGGAAACUGUAUACUUGUGCCAUAACUUAGCCAAUUUUCAACUACAGAAUUACAGUAUCUAAGUGAAAAACCAGUUUUAUAUUGCAACACAUAUAAAAAUUUCAUCAAAUACUUAAAUAAAAUUGGUGACUCUGCUGUAAUGUACUCAUUUAUCCAGUUAUACAAAAGUACCUUUGUUUACUAAGUAUUUUGUAAUACUUCCAUUUUGCUACAGUUCAAACAACCAAACCUCAAAAGUAUUGCUGAAACAACUUAAACUCUACAUUGCCAUAUUUUCUUACCAUAAGGAAGGCAUGUUGAGUUGCAGACAGGCACAAUUAACAGACACUUACACAAAGCUUUUGUCCACAGCCUUCAUCAGCAAAAGAGAAACACAGAUCAUUCAUACCCAGAAGCAAACACACCUCACACCAACUCUGGCAGCUCGGACCAGAAUACCUUUAGCUGAUGAAAGCUGUGGCUGAAAGCUUUGAGUAACUGUCCUUUAAUUGUGCCUGCCUGCAAUUUAAUGUGUCUUCUUUAGAGUAAGUAGCAAUCUAUCUUUACCUGAAUUGCUGAUACCGCUACCUAGAGUUUCCAUUGUUUGAUUUUACCAUAGUUUCUUGUUUGCGGUAAACGUAGUGGAAAUAAAAAUCCAACAAAGUGAUAUUUUAUAAUAAGUAAAACUACUGGUGACUCAAAAACUUAG